CUGUCUAACACGCGUAACACGUAUCUACUUCUGUUUCAUCUGGUGUUUCAAAGGGCCUCGCAUAAGCUGUCUUCACCAACAUUAUAUUGCAGGGCCCUGACUAAGCGCGGGGUACAUCACAAAUCUCUGCCUCCAUUCCCGCUACUUAUUUUCCAACAAUUGGUAUUCUCCGUAUUCUUGAAUCACCUAGUCUGUUCGACGCAGUGGCCUCAGAACACUGCAGAGCGAUGUCACUUAUUAGCCUCUCAUCUGAGCUUCUUGCUUCUAUUCUAUCCUUCGAAGACGUUCUGGAUCGCCAUGACUUGUUCAACGUAUUCAUGACUUGUCGCCGACUAAAUCUUAUCACCCUUCCCUUCCUUUAUCGUUCGAUGCAGAUAAUGUACUCCGGUCCGCGAGGAUCUUCUCCUCAUGCGCUCGAGAAUAUCCUUGCUCACUUCAAUCGCUAUCCUGAACGACUCAUCUGGGUCAAAAAAGUUCACGCCUGCUGGUACCGGCAGGAUGCUAGGCGUUCAACUGCGUUGUUUGAACUGCUUUUCAAAUUCUCAGCGAUGCAGCGUCUGAGAAUGUAUGCUACUGGUCCAUGGGAUGAAGACUUGCCAUUCCAAGCUUUCCUUAAUAAUUGCCAUGAGUGUACAUCGAUACAACACCUUAACAUUGCAAACGUUGCAUCUGAUUCGAGCGAGGCUAUCAGACUGUUCGCUAUGCCGUAUCUUGAGAGUUUGGUCUUCCGUAACUUUCAGGUGCCUCUCGGGUCAGCUGAUUUACCUAGCCAAAGCUACAAUCCGACCAAGCUGAAGGAAAUGAUUGUUCCCUUGGCAACAUGCUUGCCUAUGGGUCCGCAUGCAGAUUUGCUGCUUCAAAACCAUCCAUUUCUGAGAACUCUUGUCCGGACUGUUACUUGCGACCACUCGCCACCUGUAUCUUAUCCUUCUGCUAUUCUCAGAGCCAUGGCUCCGCUGCUUCCUUUUCUUGAAAACCUGACAUUGCUCAUGCGAGAGCCUUCCGCAUCCUACAAAGCGAACCAGAUGGACUUCUCCGGCUUCACCGCCCUCAAGUACCUGGAAAUUCACGAGAAGCUGACGUUUGGGAAUAACUUCCGCAUGGUCCCUCCUGAAACACUCUUUCACAGAAACGACCUUCCCGAUCGACUUCCUAGGGCACUGAGAAAUCUGAUAAUAUGGUUUGGCCGCCAAUCUCGAGCUCUACAUCUUGAACAAUCCGGUCCAUUGUCAUACAGCUGGCUUCUCCAUCUUGCCCGACAGAAGAAGCUGCUUUUUGAGAAUCUCGCCCGCAUCAAACUUCUUGAGGAAAUGGAAUGGCAAUAUCAUAAGAGACCCAGAGCUGCUGAUACGGAAUGGGACUAUCCCUCCGAUGUGAGAAACACAUUUCAUGAUGCCGCAAUUUCGCUCGAAGUCAUGCUGAGGCCUGACCAAACUCGUUAAGGACCUGGUGUUCCCUUUCUACCCACACGUCCUUGCUUAAGCUGCAGAUCUCAUGGGAAACCCUAUGCAUGAAGUGGUCUGGCAUGUUCGACAGUGUCGGCUACGUUUCACUAGCAUCAACUAUUGAGAUCCCAUAAGUACCUACUCCCCAAAACCUAUACUCUCUGCCAAGAAGCUUGCCAUAUAUAUUCCUAUUCAGACAAUGGGUCUAGUUCACAUGAUCAUUUCACAAAUUAUAAGUCAAAGGUUUCCUAAGCCCAAAACUCCUUUGCUACCAGACUGACACCCCCUUUUUCCACGAUUGAUGAGUUGAUGAUCGAGAGGCGCACCGGAUGCUCAGCAGGUUGCGAAAUUGGAGCAUCAAGAGGUCUCGACUGGCCCGUGGAGUAGUCCAACUUCGCGCCGUUUCGAGCGAGAAACAUCGCAAGAGCUGCCAAUGCGUAUGCUGGAGCCAAGAUUAGUGACCUCAACUACAACAUGUCAGAUCGCUUACUGUGGGGAUUGUUUGAAAGGUCGAUCUUGUGGUUUCCAAAAGAGCUUGCUGUACUAUAUUAGAAAGGCUUCUUUAUUUGGCUUUUACUGCGUGGCAGCGAGCAGCCUACCAAGGGCAAGUAAAAGAAUAUUUGUGGACGAAUCUUUGACGACAGGUAGCUUCUCUCCCUUCGAAAUCCAAAUCCAAAUUGCUUCUAUCUCUCACCUGCUGGAAUCUUGCUUUUGACAAAGUUCGCUGGAUCCCCAGGCCAUCCUGGAUUCACGUUUCCUUCUUCGUCCUUUGGCUGGACGUCGGUGGGGGGAGCCCAACCAAUUAGAUCAGCGCUCAGUGGGCCCUGCGAUCCUAAGUGGUAUAAUUCGUGGAUCAAGGUCAAUGACUUCGGUUGGAAAGAAUCAAGAUAGACUCCCAUUUCUGCUUGAUUGAUGUCCAAUCUGUCUUUGUAUCUCCCGAAGAACCCAUCUCUGCACAGUGUCAAGGCCCGAUUCUUGUGAUCCUUUCCUGAAGGGAAAACUGAUGAGUAUGCCGCGGUUGCUCCAUUAUCAUAAGCGUGUACCACUUUGUCCGGGUUCGGAUCAUCUAG